GGUUUGUCAGAAGUUGGAGGUUGAACGUACCGAAGGAGUUUGCCGAGGCAGUUCCACUAGCGUCCCGAGGGACCAAGAACCCGGGGAAGCCAGCGGGGCCAUCUGCUGUGGAAAGGGUACCUUUUCUGAAGUACCCAUUCGAACCCCCGACCGACGACCAAACUCAAUUGAAUCACAGCAUCAACAACUCAAUCAGUCUGAUUUUAGACGGGUAGCUGGCUUAUAGAUUGCCUGUAUAUUCAUUUGUAGCCUUCUGGUUAUAAUUCGUGACAUAAGACUCCAUCGAUUACCUCACUUGAUUUAUCCUUCUUCUAUUGGAUAGAGCCAGACUCAACUCACUAUCAGCGUCAAGCAACACUCACUUGCUCGUCUCACUCUCACUCUCACCCCAAAAUUCACACGACGGCACUUUGUUCAUCAUGGGCAUCCCACCUCAGUUCAAGUCCGUCUUCGAAGCCAAGGCAGGCGGAGAGCGCAUACAAGCCUGGCUCAACCUCGACAAGGACGACGCAGGCAACUUCAAGUUCGGCAACUGGAUGGGCGCCCUCAUCCCCUCAAUCACCCUCCUCUCAACCUCCCUCACGCCCACCCCGCGCGCCACCUUCUCCUUCACCGUCCUCCCGGAGCACUGCAACCGCGCCGGCAACCUCCACGGCGGCGCCGCCGCCACCCUCUUCGACUCCCUCACCACCUUGCCCUUGGCCCUCGUCAAUGAUAAACCGGGCUACUGGCAGUUCCUCGGCGUCUCCCGUACCAUCAACUGCAGCUACCUCCGACCCGCGCCCAACGGCGAAGAGUGCCUCGUCGAGUGCGAGAUUGUCCAGAUUGGCCGGACGCUGUGCCAGCUCAGGGGUACCCUCAAGAGGCGGAGCGAUGGGGUGGUGUUGGCUACGUGUGAGCAUCACAAGUUCAAUACUGAUCCUGUGAGCAAGUUAUGAUUGGGGAAAACCUUGUUCAUUCUUUUCUGGAGGAGUGCGAAUGUAGGAGUAUGGAUGA